UUAAAUCCGCUUAUCACUUGAGUAAAAACUACAACACAAUAUUAAUUUAACAUGGAAUCAAAUAAACGUGGUGCCUUUAUAGUAUUUGAAGGCUGUGAUCGUGUUGGCAAGUCAACGCAAAGCAAUCAACUGUGCGAACGGCUAAAGGAAAAAGGUAUUGCUGCGAAGAAAAUCAACUUUCCGAAUCGUAGCACAAUAAUUGGCGAUGUCAUCAAUCGAUUUCUGAAGAACACCCAAGAGUUGUCCCAUGAAGUUAUUCACCUGCUCUUCUCGGCGAAUCGCUGGGAAUGCAUGAGCAGCAUCCAAGCGGAUCUGCUGGCCGGCACGACAAUAAUAUGUGACCGCUAUGCCUAUUCCGGCGUGGUCUAUUCGGUGGCCAAGGGACUUGACUUGGAUUGGUGCUGGGCACCAGAUCUGGGCUUGCUGAAACCCGACGCUGUAUUCUACUUAAAGGCAAAUCCCGAUCAGCUAGCAUCCCGAGGCAGUUUCGGCAACGAGCGGUAUGAAAAAUUAGAGCUGCAGCGCAAAGUGAGCGACCUAUUUGAUCAUUUCAAUAAAAAGGAAUCCAGCUACUGGCAUCAAUUCGAUGCAUUACAAACGGAACAGGAACUGCAUUCGAAAAUUUCAACAAUUGCUGAAAAUCUCUUACUGCAGGUGGCAGAGCAACCGCUGGAAAGGCUCACAUAAUAAUCAAUGCAAUGGAUUUCCAUUGAUUUACGUUUACGUACACGAUUUACAUUUAAUUUUCGUUUGGCGCAUUGUUAUAAAUGCAUUUGUAAAUAGUAUAAAUAGUAUAU